AUGAAAGUCAGAGGUACCACGCGGUCGCUAGCCAAAGGUGAGGCUAUGAUCGAUACAAGGCCCAAGUAUAAAAGUCAACUCGAAUUUGUACAAAUCGCCGACUUUGAGAGGUCUGCGGAUUUCACGAAGGCAGUCGAGGGUGUUGGGGCUAUAAUACAUACUGCGAGCCCGCUAAACUAUGCUGCUACUGAUAACGAAAAAGAACUGGUUCUCCCGGCCAUUCGUGGUGUGCGAGCGCUUCUUGAGGCCGCCGCAGCUCAUCCGGAUAUCAGGCGCAUCGUCAUCACAUCUUCGUUUGCAUCCGUGCUAAAUGCUAGCCGCAACGCGCCACCCUUUUUCACUUACACCGGCGAUGACUGGAAUCCUAUAACCUAUGAGGAGUCUAUUGACAACUCCGCCCCUGCCUUUAUCGCAUAUCGAGGUUCGAAGAAGUUUGCUGAGCUCGAAGCUUGGACCUUUGUUAAGGAAAAAAGCCUUUUUUGA